AUGGAAAAUGGAACCUUCCCACCUUAUUUCUACCUCACUGUUUUUAAGGACCAGGGUGACUUGAAAUAUAUUUUCUUCAUCUUAACUUUUGCUGUAUAUUUUGCAAUUAUAUUUUUCAAUGCCAUAAUUGUUCUGAUUAUAUUCAUAGAAGUAGUACUGCAUGAACCCAUGUAUAUAUUUAUUUGCUGCUUGUCAAUUAAUUCUCUCUACGGUACCCUUGGUUUCUUUCCAAGGCUCAUGAUUGAUCUCCUUUCAGACACUCACAUAAUAUCCCGCCCUGCAUGUUUUACUCAAAUCUUUAUUAUUUAUACCUAUGCAGCAUCUGAAUUUACCAUCUUAACUAUGAUGGCAUAUGAUAGAUAUGCUGCAAUAUGUGUGCCUUUGCAAUAUAACAGCAUAAUGACUUCAAAGAUGAUUACUGCCCUGAUGGGAAUUGCCUGGGUAUAUCCCUUGUUUUCCGUCAGUGUGGUGUCUUAUUUUUCUAUUCAGUUACCCUUGUGUGGCAAUGAAAUAGCACGAGUAUACUGCAAUAACUGGUCAAUUGUGAAGCUGUCUUGUGUUGGCACGAAACUUAACAACAUUGUAGGGUUAUUUAUGACUUCAACUGUAGUGUUUUUACCCUUUGCAUUUGUAUUAUAUUCCUACAUAAAAAUUCUAACUGUUUGUCAGAGAAGCUCCAAAGAAUUUAGGAAAAAGGCAUUACAGACAUGUCUUCCUCAUCUGGUAACAUUUAUCAACUACUCAAUAGCCUUGUUUUCUGAAAUCACCAUGAGUCGCUUUGAGAAUGAGAAACAUUUUCAUGUUAUAGCUAUCCUUUUCUCAUUUGAGUUUCUCAUCAUUCCCCCAAUUCUGAAUCCCCUCAUUUAUGGUCUUAAUUUGCCAGAGAUACGGAAGCGAAUCCUGCUUUUAUUUAAAAAUAAAAAGAUUAAAUUUGCUCCUUAA